GAAUCACCUCAAGUUGGUGGUGCUCGGUCCAAAUGAGGUUACAAUUUAUAAAGGAUAAUUCAGUCUUUAUGUAUUUUAGAGUGGGAAGUCGUAUAUUUGUAACUUUCUUUCCGAAACCGUGGAUCAAGUUACUGGAGAUUAUCACCCAACAAGUGGUGUCAGGUAUAUCUCUCUAUCUCAUGUUACUGAGUCCUCAAAGAAUCUUGGAAUACGAACAAAAAUUGAAAGUAAAAGGAAAGGUAAUUAAAGUUGAAGUGGAGCUAUGGGAUGUCAGUGGAGACAAAAAAUUUGAAGCUUGUUGGCCAGCUAUUUUCAAAGGAUCUCAUGGAAUUGUGUUUGUUUAUAACCCCGAUAAUUCAAAUCACGAAAAAGAGUUGAAUGAAUGGCAAGUUUUCAAUUCAUAAUAACGUUGCUUUAGGUAUCAGGCUUUGCCUCAAAGUUUAAGCCUAAAGGAUAAGCAGUACUGUAUCAUCGCACACAAGAAACCCGACUCACCAGAUAGAGACAUAGUGUCUUUGCCCCCUGUCUUUCAUAAAUUCUUUCAGUGUUAUUCCAUUAUACCAAAAGAUGGUGAAAAACUCAGGGAGCAGUUCGGAAAAUUCGUAUCUCAACUAGCUUGGGGAAGACUAGAAGCUAACGAACAAGAAGAACUCAACAUUAUGAACUGUUAGACAUUAGUUGUGAAUAAUAUCUAGGCUUCUAUUGCUAUUCUCUAGCUGAAUAUAUCUUUUUGCAAAUAUGAAAAAACGUCAGACUCUAGUGUUUAUUGUCAAUUCACAUUUGAAAGCAAAGGGCAUAAGUUAAUACUUUCGUAUUAAGAAUUUCUGUAUGUUUGCU